AUGUUUCAAAGUCAGACGGGAUUUCACUUCUUUCCUCCACAAGCAAUGGACACAGUCACCAAGAACGCCGCCGAAAGAUUUGUUGACUUCAUCAGCAAGUCGCCAUCGCCAUAUCAUGCUGUAGCUAAUAUCAAAGAAAAGCUAGUUUCUCAAGGCUUUGAAGUGCUUAAGGAAAAGGAUAUCUGGAACGUUCAGCCAGGUCACAGCUACGUGGUUACACGUAACGGACUGUCCCUUAUUGCGUUCCGUGUGGGCGAAAAAUUCCAUGCUGGAGGUCCUGUGGCCAUUGUGGGUGCACAUACUGACCUGCCUUGCCUUCGUAUUAAACCCAUUUCGAAAAAGACAUCUGAAGGUUUCGAUCAAGUGGGCGUUGAACAGUACGGUGGUCUCAUUGCGCACCUGUGGUUUGAUCGUGACUUGAGCGUGGCUGGCCGUGUGUACGUAAAAGGACCUGAGGGCCAGUUUAUUCCAAGGCUUCUCCACUUGAAUAAGCCAUUGAUGCGUGUGCCUACAUUGGCCAUCCACUUGAACCGUGACGUCAAUACCAAGUUCGAGUUCAACAGAGAAACCGAAAUGGUGCCCAUUGCGGGCCAACAGCAUACAUGCAGCACAGACCCUAAGUUGCAACUCACAGAGCCAGAGUUCGAAGCUGUGCAACAUGUUGUACGUCGCCACAACAAGUCCCUUAUUGCUCUUAUAGCAUCGGACUUGGGCGUGGAUCCAAUGGACAUUGAAGACUUCGAAUUGGUUCUCUGCGACCACCAGCCGGCAACGCUUGGAGGCAUGAAUGAGGAGUUCAUUUUUGCUCCUCGCUUGGACAACUUGACCUCAUGCUUCUGCGCUGCCGAAGGUAUUAUUGCCUCGAAACCUGCACCAGAAGGUGUUCUGAUGAUCUCUCUCUUUGAUCACGAGGAAAUCGGCUCGGUUUCAGCACAAGGUGCCGACUCUUCCUUCUUGCCAGACGUAUUGACUCGUCUUGCAGACUCCGAACCUGGUGCCUUGGUCAGAAUGUGCAGCCGUUCGUUUUUGCUCUCGUCUGACCAGGCACACGGUGUUCACCCCAAUUAUGGUCGCUUCUACGAGCUGGAAAACCGGCCAGAGGUCAAUAAGGGUCCAGUGAUCAAAAUCAAUGCCAAUCAGCGCUAUGCCACCAACUCGCGUGGACUUGUGUUGAUCAAGGCUGUGGCCCAAAAAGCUCAGGUUCCGUUGCAAUUGUUUGUUGUUAGAAACGACUCACCAUGUGGAUCUACUAUUGGGCCAAUGCUUUCGGCCAAGUUGGGUCUCCGCACUCUUGACUUGGGUAAUCCACAGUUGUCCAUGCACCUGAUUCGGGAGACUGGUGGCUCGCAUGAUAUUGCUCGGUUGAGUAGUUUGUUCCAAGGCUUUUUCGAUCACUACGUGGCCAUCGACUCUAGCGUUGAAUGCGACUAG